AACAGCAUCAGUCUGCAAAGGUCAGGAAACAAAAUCCCGUGUCAGAUCAGUUGUCAAUACUUGACGGGAAAGCCAAGAUGUUAAAUCUUUUCAUUCUAUUUCAUUGACAGUUCAUAUUGGAAGAACCCGCCGGUCUUCAUCUGAAGCUAGCACAAAACCAGACGAGCUUACUAUGGAGUCAGUCACAAGUGAGAUAAACAAAACAUUAAACUCUCUAACGUUACGAUCAUUCUGUUCAUCCAAAGAACAAAUCUGCGUGCAAGGACCGCCGGGAAUGCAGGGUCCAAAGGGAUCACGUGGAAGAAGAGGACCGCGUGGAGUCACGGGAAGGAAAGGGUCUAGUGGCAGCAAAGGAAAUCAAGGCCCACAUGGAAAGCAGGGAAUUGUGGGGCCACCGGGUGAAAGGGGGAAACAGGGAAUUAUGGGGCAGACGGGUCAAAAGGGGGAACAGGGAAUUAUGGGGCCGCCGGGUCGAACAGGGGAACAGGGUAAUAGUGGGCCAACGGGUCCAAAGGGAAAUCAGGGAAUUACAGGGCAACCGGGUUUAAAGGGAAAACAGGGAAUUAUUGGGGCGCCAGGUCCGAAGGGAAAUCAGGGAAUUAUGGGGCCGCCGGGUCUGAAGGGAAAUCAGGGAUUUAUGGGGCCACGCGGUCCAAAGGGAAAACAGGGAACUAUGGGGCCACCAGGUCGAACGGGGGAACAGGGUAUUACGGGGUCACCGGGUCCAAAGGGAAAACAGGGAAGUAUGGGUAGAAAGGGGGAACAGUACGUAAUAGGAGUCCCGGGUUCCAGAGGGUUUCCUGGUGCAAAAGGAGAACCCGGAGAUUCGUUUUCACCUCCCACGAUAGUGGUCUCCCCGAUGAAGCAAUCAGUCGCGAACACGCAUAAUGCAGUGUUUCAGUGUUCCGUCGGCGGAAAUCCCAAGCCGACUGUCACGUGGUUAGGAAAGAGAAGCACUCUCUUGACAAGCCGAGAUGGUAGAUUAGAAGUGCGCCGGGUAACUUUUGAUGACGCAGGAGAAUACACUUGUAUUGGAAGAAACUUGCUGGGCAUUACAAGCCAGACUGCUGUUUUAAACGUAGAACGUAAGUUUCAAUUUUUGUUGAACUCAUGGAUGUGUUUUGUCAUGGCCGAAAAACAAGAACACACAUCUGCUCGUAAUUUCCACAGCUGCUCAUCUACGCUUGUUUGUCCAGUGUCGUUAGUAUCUUUAUUGAUCUGUACCGCUGCCGUAGUACGUGUUGAGAUUAUAAACCAACGAGUUCACGAUGUUGAAGAUCUUGUGGCGGACGCGCGGCAGAAUCAGAACCUGAUCGAGGCUUCUAGCGAUGCAACAAGCUUCAAACGUUCUGAAAGAGUCCAGUCUGUUGCACAAUUUGAUCACAAGAUUACUAAAGAGAGGAAAGAUGCGACAGAAGUUCAUAUUGGAAGAACCCGCCGGUCUUCAUCUGAAGCUAGCACAAAACCAGACGAGCUUACUAUGGAGUCAGUCACAAGUGAGAUAAACAAAACAUUAAACUCUCUAACGUUACGAUCAUUCUGUUCAUCCAAAGAACAAAUCUGCGUGCAAGGACCGCCGGGAAUGCAGGGUCCAAAGGGAUCACGUGGAAGAAGAGGACCGCGUGGAGUCACGGGAAGGAAAGGGUCUAGUGGCAGCAAAGGAAAUCAAGGCCCACAUGGAAAGCAGGGAAUUGUGGGGCCACCGGGUGAAAGGGGGAAACAGGGAAUUAUGGGGCAGACGGGUCAAAAGGGGGAACAGGGAAUUAUGGGGCCGCCGGGUCGAACAGGGGAACAGGGUAAUAGUGGGCCAACGGGUCCAAAGGGAAAUCAGGGAAUUACAGGGCAACCGGGUUUAAAGGGAAAACAGGGAAUUAUUGGGGCGCCAGGCCCGAAGGGAAAUCAGGGAAUUAUGGGGCCGCCGGGUCUGAAGGGAAAUCAGGGAUUUAUGGGGCCACGCGGUCCAAAGGGAAAACAGGGAACUAUGGGGCCACCAGGUCGAACGGGGGAACAGGGUAUUACGGGGUCACCGGGUCCAAAGGGAAAACAGGGAAGUAUGGGUAGAAAGGGGGAACAGUACGUAAUAGGAGUCCCGGGUUCCAGAGGGUUUCCUGGUGCAAAAGGAGAACCCGGAGAUUCGUUUUCACCUCCCACGAUAGUGGUCUCCCCGAUGAAGCAAUCAGUCGCGAACACGCAUAAUGCAGUGUUUCAGUGUUCCGUCGGCGGAAAUCCCAAGCCGACUGUCACGUGGUUAGGAAAGAGAAGCACUCUCUUGACAAGCCGAGAUGGUAGAUUAGAAGUGCGCCGGGUAACUUUUGAUGACGCAGGAGAAUACACUUGUAUUGGAAGAAACUUGCUGGGCAUUACAAGCCAGACUGCUGUUUUAAACGUAGAACGUAAGUUUCAAUUUUUGUUGAACUCAUGGAUGUAAGGCACAGUGACCUAAUGCUUAGAAAGUUGGAAUUAAUAUUCUUUGAGUUGAGUUUCGAUGCAGGUUUGAGGCCUUUGUUUUUGUUUUGUAGUGAAUUGUUUUGUUUUUCCGUAAGUUACUUUUGUUUUGCCGUGAACCGAUUUCGUUUCGCCGUGAACUGAACCCCAGCCGUAAAUGUUCUUUUGCCAACUGCCCAUGCAUGAGAGUCAGUACACUUCUCAAAUUCAAUCGCUCAGCUGACGUCCGAACUCGUUCCAGGCUUUCCUGUGAAUUUCGCUUGUCCAAAGCUCACGCACAUGAUUGGAAAACCACCAUAUAUUUUAUUUUAGCUAUGAAGGCGCAACGUUGAAGACAAACUAUCAACACUAUUAGAAAGAGCGUACAUCGAAACCUCUCGUCAACUUCCCGUAUUGUUUUCAUUGAAACAGGACGGAAUCAAACUUUUCAAUCGUAGUUUUCACCAGCAUAAUCAUGUGACAAAAAGUAAUAAUGAGCCUUUUAAGUAAGCGAAAUUAAUUACAUAAUCUACAAAAUCUCCCUUGUUGAUGAAGAUAAACGCUAUUAAAACUCGACCCUGCCUCAUUUUCUCUUGGUGUCACCAGUGACCCAUAUGAGAUCAACAUCGGAAAAAAAAUGCUUCACUUUCGUUUUUUCCCUUAUUUGGAGUACAGGAAGUUGACCAAUGUUUUUGUUUUCUGGAAAGUACUUUCUUGUGCCCUUUCAAAUGAGAUAUAGAGUGUAUACUUGGCAAAAUGUUAAAUAAAGAAUAAGAUGUGUUCAAUUUGACGUUUUUUUGGCACAGUACAGAGUUGAGUUUUAAAGCCCUUUGGAAAAUUUCGCAUGCUCUGGUUACAUAGGGUAUAUCGUCAUAAGAAUUUCUAACAAUACACAACCACGUUUGAAGAAAGAUUGGAUAGGGCCCAUCAACUCGCGAUCGUCUGGUCUUUCACUUUUUUCGCUAAUGCUAAUAACCGUCUUAAUUUUGAGACAGCAGAAUUUAACCUUGCAAUCUCUAAAUACUCCAUAGCAUUCAGAAGAAUUCACUCUACAGCAGUGAGAUAAAACCCAUUUUUAGGCAUAGUAACGUUAUUUACAAUGACGCCUUCAGUGGAAGUUUGUGAAAAAAAAAUAUAUUUCAUGUUAAAUUUUAUUUCUUGAUAAUGUAGCACUCUUCCAGAUUUCAAAUUGAGAAACUUGGUUCACGUUUAACAUAUUUUUUCCAGAUGUAGAGAAUGCUUGAAAGGUUCUUAUUAUAACUAUAAUAUUAUUCUUAAUCAUUAUUAGUGAAAUGCUGUUGAACUGUCAUGUGACAUCUUGUUAACAGCUUUUUUUUCUCCUCUAAAAAGUGCUUCUUAUUAAACUCAACAAAUUACUCAUUUGACUGUGUGUUAUGUACAGAGAACAAAUAAUUUUAUCAGUGUGUUACUUUUGAUUUAUCAAUAUUUUCUUAUUGCCUCUUUUGAAGGGAAAAAAAACUUUCAUGGGUCAUGUUGGCCGAUUGAUCGUUUUAAACACAAAGUAAUUCUAAUGCACGGAGAUCUGGAAAAGGAACCAUUUUGGUGGGGAAACACCGCAUUACAUCAACAGAGAGAAGCGUAUUGCUUCCAAAAUAUGUAUCGAUCAUCAUGUAAAACAAAUAGCAGAUGAUGUAAAUGUCAAUCUUAUUUAUAGUGAUCAUGCACUUAGCUAUACAAGCAUUAAGCUUAACUAGUUUAUAGGCAUGCCACUAAAACGAAGGAAACAAAUAUUUCGAAUAAGCGCACAAAUCCCAACUGGUAGGAGGCAGACCAGUUGGCUACCUAAAAAGCGUGACCGAGGAUUAAGUUUUUUAAGAAUUAUUGUAUCUGUUAUUUCCAUUGCGUCUUAGACAGCUUAAGUUCCGUUUGGGCUCGAUAUUUUCGGAGGUUAGUUAGUUACUUUCGGAAUAUGCUACGGCCAUUGCCGCUAUUUUCGAGGGAUUGUUAUUUUACGGUGUUUCCUUUCUGUUUGACAUUUCGUUCAUUAACGCUCACUAAAUUUGAUAAGAAUUACUAUGCAACAUCCGCACUUAACCUUUGAGCUGCACGUACCGGUAUAAUGGGAUGAUAUUCUGGCUCUAAGCUAUCCUGCACUGAUGGUACCUCAGUACUACUGCAUGUCUAGAACUGACAAUUUGUUAACCUCAUCACACACUAAGUCGCCAUAUUAUUUAAAAAAUAACCUAACAGUAUAAACCGUUGAAUUGAUGCUUUAAUCUAGACUGUAAAUGAUAUCAUUAAUACGAUUAUUGCACAUCAGCGGAAAAUUGCGCUCGGUCUUACAAUGUAGUCUUGGAAAUCCUCAAUUUAAGCUAAAUAUGCACGGCUACACCUUGAUAACACAGCCCUCCUUGACUCCACGAGAAAGAAAAAACACUGAUUUCUUCAUGGAGGGGAGGGACUAAUAGGCUCUUUACGCACGCCUGGUGGCCCAGCUUCUGAGUUAUACCAGAAAGAGCUACUACUUUUUUUAUAGCGGAGCUCCGGCAGGCCACCAAGCGGACCCCCAUAUUCAUAUAGGAAAGAAAAGGAAACCCAUUAAUUGAUUUUCUCAUUGUUACUAUGGCUAGCGGUAUUGCUCGUGGGCGCGUACGCACGACGGCGACGGUGACGGCAACGGGGACGGAGUCGCGUAAGAUGGCGGGCAUACUCUGGCUAAAAGGUUUGCAGAGACAUGAAACCUUGAUUUAUAGCCUCCUUCUUUGAUAUUGGACAUCCAUGUUCUGGUCAAUUGACACCUGUCAAAAGCAGGUAGCGCUGACCAGUAUCACGUGACCAUAUCACGGACUCAAGUUUUGAGCUCAUCGAGUAGCGAGAUUAGCACAAUCGAGCGCGACGCUUUCUUUCGUUUUAUUUCCAAAUAAAUAUUUCUUAGCCUUGCAUUUGCUAACUUUAUUAUUGCCUUUUC